AUGCCUGAAGAACCAAAGAAGACACCUCCGGUAUUGUCCAAGAAAGAUAAGAGGAUUGGUGUGUUGCAUUUGCAGGAGGCGCGUCUGGUUGAGGUCGAGAACUAUAGGAAGAAGCUAAUCAAGGUGGAGUCGGAGCUUUGGUCUCUUGGAGAAGAGAUCGGAUGUGUUGGUGAUGUGAGUGGUGGUGGCACAUGUGACGGGUGA